AUGGCUGGUAAUUUUACUGCCGUAAUUAGGCUUGGCGGCACAGCCAACGCUGUUCUUCAAAUCGGGGAUAGCCUCUACAGAAACUGCGGCCAGUUCCUCGACCACGACGUGAGUCUUGCGCAGGCGGCCCGGCGUCUCCAGCAUGUCUGCCUGCGUUUGUCCAGGCAGGUCGAGCAGGGCUGGCCCUUGGACCAAGCCCUCCAGGACGAGAAAUACCUUGCGUACGAGGGGAUCCUGGACGUGACCGCGGCAAAGCUGCAGGGCGCGCGCAAGAGACUGGUUGCGCUGGGCAAGCUCGUGCGCGACAUCCAGGAGGCCCUGCACCGGGCGGCCGCCUCGUCCGCGCCGCCGCCGCCGCCCUUCAGUAUUGCGCGGAGACUGGCGCUGCUGCAAGAGGCCAUCGCCGACGUGGAGCUCUGGCACAAAAUCUACAGGCUCUCGCAGGUGCUCGCCAUUGGAGCGCCAGACCAGGCGCCCGAGCGCCACAGCGGCUCGUUUCUCUUUCCCACCGUCCGCGUCUUCAGGAACUUGGCGUUUGCGCCCGUUCCCAUGUCCGACUUCCGCGUCGCCACCAUCGCCGAGCGCGAGUAUCUGGUAGACGUGGUCCUCUACAAUCCCCGCGGCGGCACCGUGUCCCAGGACCUCCAGCACUUUGCCCGCAAACUGGACGCCGGUGAAGAAGAUCUCGUCGGACUGCUGUCUUGCAAAGGCUAUGUAGCGGCCGAUAUGAACGAGCAUCAGGUGCAGUUUGCAUUUCUGCUGCUGCUGCCAAAGGGAUUCGGCAAGCCCUACUCCCUACGCGCAACGCUCAUGUCUUCCAAGGAGCCCUCGACGUCUGAAAUCCUGCAAAUCGGCCAGGAUAUUGCUGCGGCCGUUGGAAUGGUGCAUAAUUAUGGCCUUGUCCAUAAGAAUAUAAAACCAGAAACUAUCGUGCUUCGCAAGGACCAAAAGACGGGCAAGGUGUCCGCCUUUCUCGCUGGGUUUGGCAAACUCCGGCUGGACCUUCGUGAGAACCGCAAGCCCGAUUUUUACUGCCACCCCGACACCCACGGCAACACUGCAGAAGCCCUCUAUGUUAUGCAGAACGACAUAUAUAGUCUCGGCGUGCUUCUGCUUGAAAUCGGACUGUGGAAGUCCUUUGUCGGCGCGGCGAGGGACCCGCCAGAGUCUCCAACGCCCCCUUCGCCUUGGCUCCAGCAGUGGGUUGACGAAGCAUCCGGCGUCCCCCAAAACCGACGUGUAAAAUCUGGUCUUAUGCGCUUGGCAGAAGAGCGUCUACCGCAAAGGAUGGGGUGUCUAUACGCGGAUGUCGUCAAGUUAUGCUUGACCUGCUUGGAUGCCCCCGACGUCAACCAGGAGGACAGAAUCCCGCGAGCAAACAAAGAACUAGUGGGAGCUCACUAUGUCGAGAAGGUUCUUAUUCCACUCCAUAGUAUUCGCAUGUAG